CCCCUCAAGAAAAUGGAAGAAAGGUAACCAGACUCUUCUCUGCAUUGUUUCUUGAAACACUUCCCUCUGGUACAGCUGCUUCAUUUUCUGCCAUGAUGAGUUGGAUGAAGUGUUGUGUGUUCCCCCUGGUGCUGCUGUGCAUGUGGCGGCUGCAAGAAGGAGCACAAGCAUGCACGUGUGCUCCUGUGCAUCCGCAGACGGCCUUUUGCCAAGCGGAUGUCGUCAUCCUGGCAAAGGUGGUCUCAAAGAUGGCUGGUGUCACUGAAUUUGCUGACAUAAAGUACACCAUCGACCAGACAAAGAUGUUCAAGGGUCCUCAGAAGAUCAUUGAUGCCAUCUACUCUGCACCCUUCUCUGCAGCUUGUGGUGUGACCCUGACCGUAGGUGAACAAUACUUUAUCACAGGUCGACUGAUCUCUGACGGGUCCCUGCAUGUCUCGCUGUGCAACUAUGUUGUGCCCUGGGAAAGUAUGAGCGCCACCCAAAAGAUCCUGGUGGAGCGUUACAUGAUGGGCUGCGAUUGCAAGAUCACUCGCUGCCGCGCCGUCCCGUGUGGGAGCAGCGGCCCAGCUGAGUGCUUGUGGUCGGACUUGCUGACUUUGAAUUCUAUCAGUGGAGAACAGGACAAACAAUCUGCUUGCAUCAAGAGAAGUGAUGGUUCUUGUUCCUGGUACAAGGCGACCUCACCCAAAAAGGCUAACUGACGCCACAAUGCAAAAAAUUGUAUAAAUAAAAAUGUUUGAAGAAA